AUGAUAAGGACGUGCUCUAGGAACUUGUACGACACUGCUAGACCGCUUUCGUCAAGAACAAUUGGAAUUAAAAGAAUGAGCUCAAAAGGCAGACCAGAAAAUGCCAAAUUCUUGAAGGCCCACCCUGUUUCUAACGCAGACGAGUGUAAAUGGAUUGGUCUCGAGAGGAUCGAAUACCUCGACCCCAACGGAACUAAAAGGCAGUGGGACAGUGCUGUUAGAAGAACGAGAAACUCCGGUGGCGUUGAUGGUGUGGGGAUCCUGGCCAUUUUGAGGGCCCCAGGCCAAGACCCCGAAAUUUUGCUACAGAAGCAAUUCAGACCCCCAGUUGAAGGGGUCUGCAUUGAGAUGCCAGCUGGCUUAAUUGACUCAGAAGAGUCGGUGGACAUGGCAGCAUUGAGGGAACUAAAGGAAGAGACUGGUUACUCUGGUAAAAUUGUUAGCAAAACACCAACAAUUUUCAAUGAUCCAGGGUUUACCAACACCAACCUUUCACUAGUAACGGUUGAAAUUGACACAUCUGCCCCCGAAAACCAGAACCCACAAACACAGCUGGAGGACAGCGAAUUCAUUGAGUGCAUCAAAGUUCCACUCAAGAACUUUGCAGACGAGAUGGACAAUCUUGCCAAGCAAGGCUACAAGCUUGAUGCUCGUGUGCAGAACGUGGCCCAAGGUAUCAGAUUAGCUCAAAAGUACAGUUUGUAA